CUUUUUCUUUCUUCUUCUUCUCCUUGCUCGGCUCCGAGAGAAAGAAGACGAACACGCACAGAGAGAGAUGAGCGGUCACGAUUCCAAGUACUUCUCCACCACGAAGAAGGGUGAGAUCCCCGAGCUCAAAGAGGAGCUCAAUUCUCAGUAUAAGGAUAAGAGAAAAGAUGCUGUUAAGAAGGUGAUUGCUGCAAUGACUGUUGGGAAGGAUGUUUCAUCUUUGUUCACGGAUGUAGUGAAUUGCAUGCAAACAGAGAAUUUGGAGUUGAAAAAGCUUGUUUAUCUGUAUCUUAUUAAUUAUGCUAAAAGCCAACCUGACCUAGCAAUACUUGCAGUAAAUACAUUUGUGAAGGAUUCACAGGACCCAAAUCCUUUGAUUCGGGCAUUGGCUGUACGGACAAUGGGAUGCAUACGUGUUGAUAAAAUUACAGAAUAUUUGUGUGAUCCUCUUCAGAGAUGUCUCAAGGAUGAUGAUCCAUAUGUUCGCAAGACGGCCGCCAUAUGUGUUGCAAAACUUUAUGACAUAAAUGCGGAGUUAGUUGAGGACAGAGGUUUCUUGGAAUCUCUCAAGGAUUUGAUAUCAGACAAUAAUCCAAUGGUUGUUGCAAAUGCUGUGGCAGCUCUUGCAGAGAUACAAGAAAAUAGCGCUAGACCCAUUUUUGAGAUCACCAGUCACACACUCUCAAAGCUCCUUACUGCUUUAAAUGAAUGCACAGAGUGGGGUCAAGUUUUUAUCUUGGAUGCUCUUUCUAGAUACAAGGCACCUGAUGCUCGUGAAGCUGAAAAUAUAGUUGAGCGAGUUACUCCAAGACUGCAACAUGCUAAUUGUGCAGUUGUCCUUUCAGCUGUUAAGAUGAUCCUCCAACAAAUGGAACUUAUCACCAGUACUGAUGUGGUUCGAAAUCUUUGCAAAAAGAUGGCUCCACCUCUUGUGACUUUACUUUCUGCAGAACCUGAGAUACAAUAUGUUGCAUUGCGAAACAUCAAUCUUAUAGUACAAAGACGGCCUACAAUCCUUGCCCAUGAAAUUAAGGUGUUUUUCUGUAAGUACAAUGAUCCAAUCUAUGUGAAAAUGGAGAAAUUAGAAAUCAUGAUAAAGCUUGCUUCAGACCGAAAUAUAGACCAGGUUCUAUUGGAAUUCAAGGAGUAUGCUACAGAAGUAGAUGUAGAUUUUGUCAGAAAAGCUGUUCGUGCUAUUGGUCGUUGUGCCAUCAAGCUAGAAAGAGCUGCUGAGCGAUGCAUUAGUGUUUUGCUCGAACUGAUCAAGAUUAAAGUUAACUAUGUGGUUCAGGAGGCAAUUAUAGUUAUUAAAGAUAUCUUUAGAAGAUACCCUAACACCUACGAGUCUAUCAUUGCAACACUCUGUGAGAGCUUAGACACUUUAGAUGAGCCAGAAGCUAAGGCAUCAAUGAUCUGGAUAAUUGGUGAAUAUGCGGAAAGAAUUGAUAAUGCUGAUGAGCUUCUUGAAAGUUUCUUGGAGAGUUUUCCUGAAGAGCCUGCACAAGUACAAUUGCAAUUGUUGACUGCCACUGUUAAACUUUUUCUUAAGAAGCCAACUGAAGGCCCGCAGCAGAUGAUUCAGGUUGUCUUGAAUAAUGCCACUGUGGAGACUGACAAUCCUGAUCUACGAGAUCGGGCAUACAUAUAUUGGCGUCUCUUAUCAACUGAUCCUGAGGCAGCUAAGGAUGUUGUCUUGGCUGAGAAGCCUGUUAUAAGUGAUGAUUCAAACCAAAUUGAUCCAAGUCUUCUGGAUGAGCUUCUUGCCAACAUUGCUACCCUAUCCUCUGUUUAUCACAAACCCCCAGAAGCAUUUGUAACUCGUGUGAAGACCACAGCCCAGAGAACAGAAGAUGAUGACUAUCCUGAGGGGAGUGAAACAGGAUAUUCUGAAUCACCUUCUCAUGCAGCUGAGGGUAGUGCAUCAUCUCCAACUAGUUCAAGUAAUGCUCCAUAUUCUACUGCAAGGCAACCAGCCCCUGCACCACCUGCACCUGCGCCUGCUGCUCCGGUGCCAGAUUUGCUUGGUGAUCUGAUAGGCCUUGACAAUAAUGCUAUUGUUCCUGUUGAUCAGCCAGCUUCUCCCACUGGCCCUCCAUUGCCUGUUUUAGUACCAGCAUCAACUGGCCAAGGUUUACAAAUUAGUGCACAGCUGACACGACAGGAUGGUCAAAUAUUUUACAGUUUAUUGUUUGAGAACAACACACAAAUUGCACUUGAUGGGUUCCUGAUUCAGUUUAACAAGAAUACGUUUGGUCUUGCGGCCGCUGGACCCUUAACGGUUCCGCAAUUGCAACCUGGGACAUCUGCUACAACUCUUCUGCCUAUGGUUAUGUUCCAGAAUCUUUCUCAAGGCCCCCCAAGCUCACUGUUGCAGGUUGCUGUGAAAAACAGUCAACAGCCAGUGUGGUACUUUAAUGAUAAAAUCUCAUUGCAUGUGUUCUUCACCGAGGAUGGGAGAAUGGAGCGUGGAAGCUUCCUUGAGACAUGGAGGUCCCUUCCUGAUUCAAAUGAGGUUUCAAAGGAGUUCCCUGGUAUUGUGGUGAACAACGCGGAAGCAGCUAUAGACCGGCUAGGUGCAUCAAAUAUCUUCUUUAUUGCGAAGCGCAAGCAUGCAAACCAGGAUGUAUUCUACUUCUCUGCUAAACUCCCUCGAGGGAUACCAUUUCUGAUCGAACUCACAACUGCCGUUGGAACCCUUGGUGUCAAGUGUGCAAUCAAGACUCCGGGCGCUGAAAUGGCACCUCUUUUCUUCGAAGCUAUCGAGACUCUCCUCGCCGGUUGAAUCUGUUAAGUGAUGUUGAUGUGUAUAAUUUUGUAUUUCUUUCUUUUGAUUCUUAUCUGUAAAAUCUAUAUUAGUUGUUUGAGAUUUUGGCUGAUCAUUUUUUUCUUGUCUUCUCUGCAAUUUCCUGUAUUGUUAGGUGUCCUGCCACUUGCAUUGUUUUUAAAUUGUUCAGACUCUUGAGAGAUUUUGGUUUCAGGAGUUCUCUGUUUUUGUUAGGAUCCAAUGUUUGUGGCUUCUUUCUUGUUUUUCUUAUUCUUGUCCACACGACACUUGUGAUAUUGUAACUGGUUACAAUUUUGUUUACCUCAAAUUAUACUUCA